CGCCACUCGGGCAGUUCGUUCCCGUGCGCUGCUAUUGGUGGCGCGUAUCGUCGCGCGUCUACUACACGCUCUCUCGCGUUAUCGGGUGCCGCCGUUUCCGAAUAAUAUUAAAUAUUAAUAACAAUAAUAAUAAUUAUUAAUGAUUUAAAUAAUAACAAACACACGACAGACGUAUUUUAAUACUGCGAUUAAUAUUGUUAUUAAUAUAAAUAUAGUACACGACGUUGUUGUUGUUUUUACGCGAAAAAUCGGAAGUUUGUUUUUGUUUUGGUUUUUCUUCUCGUUUCGCUUAUCUCGCACGCCCGUUUGAGACAGUGUAAAUAGUGUGUUGUGCGCUUCCGCCCGCCGAUAAUAACAAAACAAUAAUAUUAUUAUUACUACUGCUAUCAUCGAUCGUCGGUGACUUUACAGUUCGCGAUCGUGUGCCGGUCUCUGUACAUGGUGAAUAAUAAUAAUAUUAUCGUCGUUGUCGUAUGCUAUUAUAAUGCCGCGUCGCCGCGGUCACCCGGGCCGUGCGAUCUUUAAGAUUCGGUAAAUCGCGCCGUUUCGCAAGUGGUCGAGUGUUAGAAAUCAGCGAACGCGGACGAGGGGCCGACGAGAUCCCGUUUUGGAGUAUUAUAAAAUGCCAAUUCAAGAAUCACACGCUACGAGAUGACGCAGAGGGAAGAUGUACUUAAGUUUGAACAGGGGCGAAUUAAAGCCCUCCAAGAGGAGAGGUUACACAUACAAAAGAAGACUUUUACCAAAUGGAUGAACUCAUUUUUACAAAAAGUAAGAAUGGAGGUGGACGACUUGUUCGUUGAUUUGGCGGACGGACGAAAGCUUCUCAAACUAUUAGAAAUAAUUUCCGGCGAAAAACUGGGCAAACCAAAUAACGGGCGCAUGAGGGUGCACAAGGUGGAAAACGUCAACAAAAGCUUAGCGUUUCUCCACACCAAGGUGAGAUUGGAAAGCAUCGGGGCCGAAGAUAUUGUUGAUGGAAAUCCUCGACUGAUUUUGGGUUUGAUAUGGACAAUAAUCUUAAGAUUUCAAAUUCAAGAAAUUGAAAUCGACGUGGAUGAAGAAAAUGAAAGCAGUGAAAAGAAAUCGGCCAAAGAUGCUUUGCUUUUAUGGUGUCAACGCAAAACGAAUGGCUACAAAGGCGUUAACAUACAAGACUUCACUAGUUCUUGGAGAAAUGGCUUGGGAUUCAAUGCCUUAAUCCACUCUCAUCGGCCUGAUCUUCUAGAUUUUCCAUCACUCGAGAAGAAUACAAAUAUCGACAACCUAAACAUAGCGUUCGAUGUAGCCAAUAAUGAAUUAGGAAUUCCCAGAUUGCUAGACGCUGAAGACGUAGACAUAAACAGACCAGAUGAAAAGUCCGUAAUAACGUAUGUUGCCUCGUAUUAUCAUACUUUUGCGAGGAUGAAAAAUGAAAUGAAAAGCGGACGAAGAAUAGCCAACAUACUCGGUCAACUAAUGGACAUAGAUAAGAAAAAAAUAAUUUAUGAACAACUAACUUCCGACUUGUUGGAAUGGAUACGAAUGAAAAUUAAGGAACUAGAAAAUCAUAAUUUCCCUAAUUCCUUAGAAGGCAUUCAGCGUGAACUAUUAGCAUUUAAAAAAUACCGGACUGUUGAAAAACCUCCCAAGUACAUAGAACGGAGUGAAAUUGAAGCUCUUUACUUCCAUAUAAAUACUCUACUCAAAUCGCUUAACCAAGGUGUGUUCAUACCCCAAGACGGACAAUUGAUACAUGACGUUGAACGUAACUGGGAAGCCCUAGACAGGGCCGAACAUAAACGCGAAGUUGCUCUACGAGAGGAGCUAUUGAGACAAGAACGUUUGGAGCAGCUCAAUUACAAAUUCGAAAAAAAGAGUGUCCUUCGAGACGGUUACCUAAAAGAAAUGAUCCAAGUACUGAACGAUCCUAGGUUUGGCAAUAGCUUAACUCAAGUUGAUGCAACGGUGAAGAAGCACGAGGCUAUUAGCGCUGAUAUCAUGGCAAGAGAAGAACGGUUUCACGAUUUAAAUGCCAUGAGUGAUGAGUUGAUUAAAGAAAAUUACCAUGGCGCUCAGAGAGUGAAAAAUAGGGAAGAAGAAGUACUACAGCGGUGGAAAGAUCUUUUAAAACUCUUGGAAAGUCGCAAAAUAAAUUUGAACAAUAUAAGUACCAUGUUUUCUAUGCUUAGAGAGAUAGAAACAGUUUUAUCUACCAUACAGGAAAUUGAAGCGACUUACAAAUCUGAAGAUGUCGGACCUCAUCUACUUGUUGUAGAAGACUUAUUGCAAAAACAAAACUUGACUGAAAUGCAAACUACAGCCAUUGGUGAAACCGUUCGAAGAUUAAAUAGGCAAGGUCAACAAUAUGUACCCUCCAAACACAAAGAUACUGCUUUAUUAAAAGAAAGUCUAAAUCAACUCAACACUGCAUAUGACAGGCUGUCUGAACUAAGUAAAGAAAGAAGAGCUAGACUAGAAGAAGCAAGAAAUUUCUAUCAGUUCAUUGAAGACCAUGAAGAUGAAGAAGCAUGGCUUGUCGAAAAGCAGCGAAUUUGCAGGGCUGACAUUUCAGCAAAAGAUUUAAGAGGUGUAUUAAGUUUACAACAAAAACAUAAAGUUUUACUUGAUGAGAUGAAAGUGCAUCGUCAAAAAACUGAUCAAAUAUGUAAAUCUGGUCUGAGUAUAAAUGCCAGUGAACCUUCGGAAGUUCAAUCGAGGGUUGAUUCUCUGCAAAGCAAUUGGAAUUCAUUAAAUAGCUUAUCCCAAUUGAGAACUAAACAAUUACAAGAUGCGGCUGAAGCCUAUCAAUUUUAUGCUGAUGCAAAUGAGACAGAAUCUUGGUUACAUGAGCAUUUAACAGUACUUAGUACUUCUGACCACGGAGUCGAUGAACCGAGUGCACAAGCUUUGUUGGCUAGACACAAAAUUCUUGAAGAAGAGUUAGAUGCGUAUCAAGGAGACAUACAGUCAUUGAAUACUCAAGCUGACAAUUUGGUUAAAGCAGGAAUAUCAAAUAUUUUGUUGUCUAAUGAUACAAAUCAAAAAGUUCAAGCUGAACCAAUAGAAGAAUGGGUGUUUGAAACAAGGUUACUUCCCCAAGAAGUCUUAGAAGAAGAAAUAAUCGAACAUGUUGAACACCGAACUGUUGUAGAAGAACGACAAGUGCCUCAAGUAAAAAGUCUGUACCCAUUUAAUGGACAAGGCAUGACAAUGACUAAGGGAGAGGUGAUGUUCUUGCUAAAUAAAACAAACCCAGAUUGGUGGAGUGUAAGAAAAAUAAACGGUCAAGAUGGUUUUGUACCAGCUAACUACGUUUGUGAAGUUGAGCCUAAAAUUAUGCAAGUAUCAGUUAGAAGGCCUCAUGUAGUAAAAAGUACAAGAAAAGUCCCAAAAGUCAAAAUGGUCAAACAAAAGGUUCGAGUUAAGAAAACUAGAACUCCAGAAAAAGAUGAGCCAACAAAGAAAGAUGACACCAAUCCUAACAAUGAAAGAAGUAUUGAAAAACGUAUAACGAAUAUUAAUGAGACUUACACAAAGUCACAAGACUUAGCAAAAAAGCGCCAUGCCCUUUUGGAGGACUCUAUUUGUCUUUACGGAUUUUAUCGAGAAUGUGAUGAUUUUGAAAAAUGGAUUAAAGACAAAGAAAAAUUAUUAAAGGCUGAAGAUAAAUUAGACACUGUUGAAUCAGCAAAAAGAAAAUAUGAGAAAUUCUUAACUGAUUUAUCUGCAAGUAAUAAAAGAGUUGAAGAUAUUGAUCGGGCAGUUAAAGAUUUUAACAAACUUGGACACAGUCAGCUUGAUAUGAUUACCAACAGACAAAAACAAAUACAUACAAUGUGGGAUCAUCUAAAUUGGUUGAAAGCACAAAAAGAAAAGAGUUUAGAAGGAGCCCUUAGUGUGGAACUAUUUGAAAAAACUUGUGGUGAAGCCAGAGAUUGGAUGACAGAAAAAAUGGAUAAACUUGAUGGAGCUGAAGUAGGAUUAGACUUAAAAACUAUACAAGCUCUACAAAGACGGCAUUUAAAUUUAGAAAGAGAAUUGGCUCCAGUGGAAGAAAAAGUAAACAGGGUUAAUUUGUUGGCUAAUUCAGUGAAAGUUUCUUAUCCUAAUGAAAAAGAAAAUGUCAUUCAAAGACAAAAAGAAGUUCAAGCUUUAUGGCAAAAUGUAAAAAACAAAGCUUUGGAUCGGAGAUCGCGUUUAGAAAGUGCUGUAGGGCAGCAAAUUUUCAUGAAUAGCUCGAAAAAUCUCUUGAAUUGGUUAUCAUCAGUUAAAGAAUUGGUGAACACUGAUAAUUCUGCCCGUGAUGUUGUUACAGCAGAAAAUCUACUUAAAAACCACCAAGAACUGGGUGAUGAUAUUAGAGCUCACGAAGAUGAAGUGAGAGAAGUUUCAGAACUGGGUAGACAACUAUUAUCAUCUGGUAACUGUAGUAGUAACGAAGUCAAAGAACGCAACAAUAAAUUAACAUCAGAAGUAAAUAAUGUUACUGAAGAAUGGGCUCAAAAAAAGGAAUGGAUAAAACAAUGCUUGGCCUUACAAAUAUUUAAUAAAGAAGCAGAUCAUAUUGAUGCAGCUACUUCCGGUAGCGAAAUGUUUUUGGAAUAUGCUGAUUUAGGAGGGUCUGUUGAUGAUGUUGAGGCACUGUUAAAACGACAUGAAGAUUUUGAAAAUUCACUAUAUGCACAGGAUGAAAGAUUAAAAACUUUCUGUGAAAUGGCAAACAAGCUAAUUUCAGCUAACCAUUAUGAUACUAACCAUGUUGAUAAACGUAAAGAAGCAGUUUUGCAUCGACGCAAUUUGGUAAAAGACCAAGCAGCAGUGAGGAGAAAUGCUUUGAUAGCAAGUAGAAAUUAUCAAGCUUUUCGAGCAGAUGUGGAUGAUCUUAAAACGUGGCUAACAGAUAAGUUGAAAACCGCAAGUGAUGAAUCAUAUCGGGAUCUUACAAAUAUUGAAAGAAAACUUCAAAAACAUGAAGCGUUUGAAUGUGAAUUACGUGCAAAUGAGGGUCAACUAAGGAAUAUCAAUAAAUGUGGUCAAGGUUUGAUAAAUGAAGAAAAUUAUCGAAAAGAUGAAGUAAAAAUAAAGUUAUCAGAAUUAAAUAAUGACUGGAAAAAAUUGGUUGAAGUCAGUGUAGAAAAGGGCAGAUGUUUGAGACAAGCAGCAGCACAGCAUACUUAUAACAGAACAUUAGACGAUGCAUAUUUCAAGCAUGAAGAGCUAAAAAAGGACUUACAAUCACAACAAGUGGGAACAGAUUUGCGACAUUGCAAACAACUUCUUAAGAAUCAUCAAGUUGUAGAAACUGAAAUCCAACAUUGGAAACAAAAAAUUGAUGAUUUAGUUUUUGCUGGUGAAGAAAUGGCCCAAGAUGGUCAUUUUGAUGCUGAAAAUAUAUUACAAUCUAGUAAAAAAUGCCAACAAAUGUUUAAUGGAUUGGACAAACCGCUGAAGCAUAGAAAAGCAGCUUUGGAUGAAUCAUUACGUUUCCACAAAUUUGGUUUUGAGUUAGAGGCUGAACUUAGUUGGAUACGCGAACAUUUACCACUUGUUGAGUCUGGUGAGUUGGGUACUAAUCUUCACCAAGCUCAAACAUUGUACAAGAAACACAAAAAACUAGAAGCAGAAAUACAAGGUCAUCAACCUAUGAUCAAUAAAACCCUAGAGUCAGGUCAAUCGUUAAUUCAACAGAAACAUCCAGAAACGAAACAGGUUUCAUCACUAUGUAGUGGACUUGAAGAUGCGUGGAAAGAUCUAUUAGCCAAAGGCGAGGAUAGGAGUCGCAAACUUGAAUUAAACUUAAAAGCUCAACAAUUCUUCUUUGAAGCAAGUGAAAUUGAAAGUUGGCUACUUGAAAAAAAUAAUAUGUUAUCUUCUACAGACUGUGGUCGAGAUAGAGAUGCAGCAUCUAAACUUCUGACAAAACAUAAGGCAUUAGAACUAGAAAUUGAUACAUAUGAGGGUAUUGUCAAAGAAAUGUGUCAUACUGGAAAUAAUAUGAUGAACUUGAAACAUCCAGAUAUUAAAGCUAUAUCGUCUAAACAGCAAUAUAUUUGUGAACAAUUCAAACUAUUACAAAAAUUAGCGACAGCAAGACAACAUAGAUUAGUUGAGAGCAUGUGCAGGCAUGAAUAUUUGAUUGAGAAUUAUGAACUUGAACAAUGGAUUCGAGAUAAUAUGCAAGCUGCUUCAUCUGAAGACUAUGGCCAAGAUUUUGAACAUCUUUUGGUAUUACAAAACAAAUUUGAUGAUCUCAAACACCGGGUGGAAACAGGAUCUAAAAGAUUUAAACAGUGUGAAGAUCUUGCUAAUAAAUUAGUAGCAAACGAUUCUGAGUAUACAUCUGAAAUUGAGAAACGGCAAGAAGAGAUUAGAGAACUCUGGCAACAAUUAAUAGUUACAAUAGAAAAUCGGGAAAAACGCCUCAAAGCUGCUGGAGAAAUUCAUAGAUUUCAUAGAGAUGUUGCUGAUGCAUUAUCUCGGAUUAAUGAUAAAGACGCUACUAUUUCUGAUGAUUUAGGAAGAGAUUUAAACUCGGUACUUACUUUAAUCAGAAAACACGAAGGAUUUGAAAAUGAUCUUGUUGCUUUAGAAGCACAACUUCAGAUUUUAGUGGAAGAUGCGGUUAAGUUGCAAACACUCUACCCAGGGUCAAAUGCUACUCAUAUUGCAAAGCAACAAGAAACUGUAGUUCGAAGUUGGACUUCACUUCAGGAUCGCUCUGCACAUAGGCGAGAAGCUUUACAAGCAAGCUGUGAUUUACAUAGAUUUUUAGCUCAAGUCAGAGAUCUAGUCAAUUGGUCUAGUAGUUUGAGGGCUACUAUGUUAACAGAAGGAAAAGUAAGAGAUGCAGCAAGUGCACAGCUUUUAAAAGGAGAACAUGAAGCUGUGAAAGCCGAAAUAGAAGCUAGAGAAGAAACUUUUCAAACUGUUGCUGAUCUUGGAGAAGCAUUAGUACAAGGAGGUCACUUCGCAGCAAAUGAAAUUCAAGAAAAACUUAAUCACUUAUUGGAAGAACGGCAUCAAUUGCAUUCAUCUUGGCAUCAUAAAAAAGUUCAUCUUGAUCAACUUAUUGAUUUGCAGUUCUUCCUCCGUGAUGCUAAACAAAUAGAUACAAUUUGCAAUACACAAGAAGUAGCAUUAGCAAGUCUAGAAUAUGGAAAUACUGUGGAUCAAGUAGCUUCGUUGGUAAAAAAACAUGAAGGUUUUGAAAAACUAUUUGAAACCCAAGAAGAAAAAAUUUCUCUCCUACAAGAUCACUGUCAUAAAUUACUCAGUCAAAAUCAUUUUGAAAGUGAUUUGAUAUCUAAAAGAUUGAAUGAAGUUGUAGCUAGGCGAGCGCAGAUUCGAAAACUCAGCAUUUUAAGAAAACAAAAGUUAGAUGAUGCUUUAUUGCAUGCUCAAUUUCUACGUGAUGUUGGAGAAGCUGAAUCAUGGAUCAGUGAAAAACGCAAAAAGUUGGAUGUAGAAGUUAGCAAAGGUGAUGUUAAUAACUUGGAAGACAAAAUCAAAAAAUUACAAAAACAUCAAGCGUUCCAAGCUGAACUUACAGCUAACCAAGGAAGAAUUAACUCUAUAAAAAAUAAUGCUGAUAUGUUGGUUGAAAAGAAGCACAAAAACUCAAAGGACAUUCAAGAUUCUUUAGGAAAGCUUUUAGUUUUAUGGAGAAAUUUGUUACAAGAAACUAAUGAAAAAGGCAGAGGUUUAGAAGAAGCUCAAGAUAUUUUAGAAUUUAAUAACCAAGUAGAUAAGGUAGAAACGUGGAUUAGAGACAAAGAAAUGAUGGUCCAAGCUGGAGAAAUGGGUUUGGAUUAUGAACAUUGUUUAGCAUUGCAAAGGAAACUCGAAGACAUCGAUAAUCGAGUUGAUGAAGGAAAAAUAGAAACAAUUAAUAAUUUAGCUGAUAAACUUAUUAGACAAGGGCGUAGUGAUACUCAGUCAAUCCAACAACGUCGACAAAAUCUAAAUAAUAAGUGGAAGGCACUUCAAGGAGCUUUAAGUGAAUACAGAGAACAUCUAAAUGGAGCACUAGAAAUACAUUCAUUUAAUCGGGAUGUUGAUGAUACUUUGCAGCGAGUUAGUGAAAAAGCACUUGCAAUGUCUAGUAAUGAAACUGGCAAUAAUCUGGGUGGUGUUGAGCAAUUACAAAGAAAACAAGAUGCCCUAGAACGAGAUAUGACAGCCAUUGAAGGAAAAACAAAAGAACAUGAUGCUGAAUGCAGGCGCCUCAUUCAAAAGUAUCCAGACAUGUCUUCUCCGAUCAAAGCUAAACUGUCUGAACUACAAGAUAACUGGAGAAACUUGCAUAUGUUGUCGAAAAAACGACGAGAAGCUUUAAGUGAUGCAUAUAUUAGAGAAAAGUUUUUAUCAGAGUUAAAAGAAGCUGAACUUUGGGUUGUUGAUUCAAUUAAAAAAAUUAAAGGGCAUGAUAUGCCCAUAAAUAUGGCAGAAGCAAAAGCUUUAUUAGAAUUAAACCAAGAGAGAAAAGCCGAAAUCAAUGGACGCCAAGAACACUUUAAGACAUUGAAAGAAUCUGGGUUGAAAAUAAAUCCAAUUCCUGAAAAAGAACUUGCUCACCUUGACGAAUUACGCAGAACAUUGAGUGCAGCUUGGGAAGAAAGAAGAACUAUGUUAAGCCAAGCUUUGGAACUACAAAUAUUCAAAAAUCAAGCUGAUCAAGUGGACAAUUGGUUAGCAUCAAAAGAAGCAUUUUUGAGUAAUGAUGACCUAGGGGAAUCACUGUCAAGUGUGGAAGAAUUAAUACGAAAACAUGAAGCUUUUGAAAAAACAUUAACAGCGCAACUAGUCAAAGUUGAAGAGUUAGAAAAGUAUGCUUUAGAUCUCGUCACAGGCCAACACUAUGACAGCAAUGGAAUACAAGGUCGACUAGUCAGCAUAUGUAAUCGAAGAGAUAGACUUAAAGAAGCUACAGCUUCUCGUAAAAGACGUCUAAAUGAUUCCAGGCUUUUACAACAGUUCUUAAGAAAUAUGUAUGAGGUGGAAGGAUGGAUAAUUCAAAAACAACAAGUAGCUGGAGAUGAAAGUUACAGAGAUCCAACCAACUUACAGCGAAAAAUUCAAAAACACGCUACUUUUGACUCAGAAUUAAUUGCAAACCGUACUCGUGUUAAUGCUAUAUGUACAGAAGGUGAAAACUUGAUCAGUAGCGGUCACUUUGCGAGUAUGGAGAUUCGAGUAAGAUUAGACGAACUUGAAACGAAAUGGAGACUUUUGCAAGAGAUGAGUUCUCUUAAGAAACAACGAUUGCAGGAUGCUUAUCAAGCAUUAUUAUUUAACCGCACGCUAGAAGAACUCGAAGCUUGGACAGAAGAAGUAGAAAUGCAAUUACAAUCUGAAGACCACGGAAAAGAUUUGCAAAGUGUUGUAAACCUGUUGAAAAGGCAUUCUCUGUUAGAAAAUGAUGUUCAUAGUCAUGGUGAAGCUUGUCAAUCUCUGAAAGAUACUGCUCUAACAUUCCAAAAUUCUGAUCAUUUCAUGAAAGAUGAGAUACAAGAAAAAUCUCAAGCAGUUCUUAAGAGAUAUAAUUCUCUUCAAGAGCCAAUGCAAAUACGAAGGGAUAAUCUAGAAGAUGCUCUAAUAAAUUAUAGGCUAUCACGAGAUAUUGAAGAAGAAGUUACUUGGAUUAAUGACAAGGAAUUACAAAUCAACUCCCAAGAUUUUGGCACAAGCCUACACUCAGUACAGGCAUUACAAAAUAAACAUCAGGCUUUAGAUGCUGAAUUAAUAUCUCAUGAACCAGUGGUUGCAGCUCUAGUUGAAAGAGGACAGCAAAUGGUUCGUAGUGGUCAUUUUGCAUCACAACAAAUUGAAGUAAAUUAUAGUGUCCUCCAAGAAAAGAUGUCCCAACUUAAAGAACAAUCCAAGAUUAGGAAACAAAAGUUAUUAGAUGCUUAUGAAUCACAAAUGUUCUAUGCGGAAGCAAACGAAGCUGAAGUUUGGUUAAAAGAAAAAUAUCCUUUGUUGGCAUCUAAUGACUAUGGCAGAGAUGAAGACUCUGUCCAAACUCUUAUGAAAAAACUUGAAGGAAUAGAAAGAGAACUAAACACAUUCCAACACACUCUUGAAAGACUAGCAAAAUUGAGUAGGAAUCUUGUAAAUCGAUCACAUUUUGAUUCUGAAAAUAUUUUACGAAAACAGACCGAUAUUGAAGAAGUUUACACAGAACUCUGUACUUUAAAUAAAAGAAGAGCAACUAGAUUAGUAGAAAGUCGCAAAUUCUAUAAGUUUAUUCGAGAAGCUGAAGACGUUGCCGAAUGGAUAGGAGAUCAAACAACAGUAGCUGCCUCAGAAGAUUAUGGUCGAGAUGUAGAGCAUGUGGAACUUUUAAUCCAAGCAUUUGAAAGCUUCAUGAGCGGUUUAAACGGCAGUGAAGGGCGUAUCUCGAGUUGCAUAACCAUUGGCCAUAAGUUACUUGAAGAAAAUAAUCCCGAACAAGAUCAGAUUAGAAUAAGAUUAGAAGAUACUCAGCAGCUGUGGGAUGAUUUAAAAGAGUUAGCGAAUGCUAGACAAGAGGCUUUGAUGGGUGCCAAACAAGUGCAUGUAUUCGACCGAACCGCCGAUGAAACCAUCAGCUGGAUUCAAGAAAAAGGUGGGCUGUUGGCUGCCGAAGAUUACGGCCAUGAUUUAGAUACAAUACAAACUCUAAUCCAAAAGCAUCAAGGUUUUGAAGCAGACCUCGCCGCAGUCAAAGAACAGGUGGAAUGCGUCGUACAAGAAGCCGGUCGGUUGUCAGCCAUGUUUCCUGAUGCCAAAGAUCACAUCGAAGUAAAGCAAGAAGAAGCAGUGGAUGCUUGGACCACGUUACUGGAAAACGCGAGUCAGAGAAAGAGCAAGCUGAACCAAGCAGAACACUUGCAGUCUUACUUCGAUCAGUACAGACACUUGAUUGCGUGGAUAAACGAAACCAUUGCAAAAAUCACGUCGCCAAUGCUCAGCCAAGAGGUGAGCGGAGCGGAAAUGCUCAUAUUGCGACAUCAAGAGCACAACGCCGAGAUCAACAGCCGAUCUGAAGUGUUGGGCGAGUUCUAUCAGACCGGUAGAAGUCUCAUUCAACAUGGUCAUUUUAUGUCGGACGAAAUCAACGAGAAGAUUCACAUUCUCGAACAAAGACAUUAUUUCAUGACCGAUACGUGGGAAAAACGUAAAGUCUUAUACGAUCAGAAUUUGGACACGCAGCUGUUUAAACGUGAUGCGGACCUGCUGGAGUCGUGGAUACAAACCCGAGAACCCUUGUUAAACGACGAUAAGCUGGGUGACUCUAUAUGGCAGGUCGAAGAACUCAUCAGAAAACACGAAGACUUCGAAAAGACGAUCGAGGCGCAGGAAGAGAAGUUCGAUACGCUGAAAAGGAUUACUCUGUUGGAAUUAGCGUUCAAGGAACAACUGGAGACCGAAGAGCGGGCCCGGGUGGCGGAAAAAGAACGACUGGAACGAGAGCGGCUGGAAGCUCGCAAACAACGCGAAGUGCAGCGAAUUACGGACGAAAGAAAGAAAGAAGGCGACCGGUGGAAGGUGAACAAUGCUGGCGAAACGAUGAACGGCGACGAUGACGAUUUCGACCCUAACAUGAGGCUCAUGGUUCCCGGUUCACCGGCAUUAAACAACAGUGGUAAUUUCUCAUCAAUAUUUGGAAAUCGUCUGAAAAAAGACGUUAAAAGGGCUGAAAGUAUGAAAGCGGAUGUGUACAAGAAACCCAAACGAACGCCUAGUUUUACCACUCGCAGGAGAACGCAAAGUUUCCGAAAACUUCAAAAAUUGGAAAACGUGGACCAACUUCCCCCGGUAGAAAUACAAGGGUUCUUGGACAGAAAGCACGAAUUGCAGAGCAGUGGGAAAAAAGCGGCGGUCAGGUCGUGGAAAACUUUCUACACAGUGUUGUGCGGCCAGCUGUUGUGCUUCUUCAAGGAUCAGGAAGAUUUCGUGUCCAGUAAAGCGGCAACGUCACCAAUCAUUGUGUUCAAAGCGAAAUGCGAAAAGGCGUUCGAUUACACUAAACGGAAACACGUGUUCAGGCUAUGCUGCACGGACGGUUCAGAGUUCCUCUUCUUGGCCGACACGUCCAAGGAAAUGGAAGAGUGGGUCAACAAGAUCACGUUCCACGCGCAACUUCCACCCAGCCUGCAGCUUCUGAGCUACGAUGAUAACCAAAAGGGCUCCCCACGAUCGGACUUACAGACUCCGGUCCCGUCGACGGUUAUCAGCACUAGUUCGAGCGCGGCCACGACGCCGGAAACCGAACGCAAGCCACUCGCGCCGCUGCCGCCGGUGGUAAACGUCCGGAAAGACAGCCAACUCCGUCGACCCAUACCAGUGCGACCGCCUUCGGUGGACAACAUACCGUACCAAAACAAUCACUCGGCCGUCGACGCCACUGAUUUCGGUACCAAAGCUUCGCCCUCCGGAUAUCCCGCGCGACCACAUUCCUAUUACGCAAACGGUAACAAUGACUGGACCAAGGACGCAAUCCACUCCAAGUCACCAAUCCACCCCAAGUCACCAGACGUCUCCCCGCCACCAUUACCGACCACCGCGCCGCCGAUCAAAUCGGCUAACAGAGAAACGUGGACCUCGGACUACAGACACAGCGCCGUGUACGCGAACAUCGACACGCUCAAGCAGCCACCUCCGCCGGUGCCGAACAGAUCGGCCACGUUGCCGGUGACGACGAGCAGCAGCCAGCAGCGGGCCAGCGAGAGUUCCAGCGAGAGCGAGCACCAGAUGCCGAUGGGCCGCAAAGACAAGCGUUCCAGCGUGCUGUCCAGCCUUUUCCGCAAGAAAAAGGCCACCAACCUGUAGACGCAAUCCAGCUGCAGCUAUAACGGCGCCUCGUGAAAAUAUUAUGACAUUACAUAUUAUGAUAAAUAUGAUCAACGUUUUCCUAUAGAUUAUAUCAUGUACACGAUUUCCAAUACGGCGGUGAUCUGGCCGCCAUAUAUUCACGUGUGGUAUAGAUUUAAGUAGUUCCAAAUAUACAAUUAUUGCGUUUUAAUGAUGCUGUGCAUCGCAUAUAUAGUCCGAACGGUUGUUUCGGAAUCGGAAAGCGAAACCCGUGUAGAGGGCUUGAACAAAUUCGAGAGGUUUCUUUUUCAAAAAUCCGAGCAAAAUAAUUAUCGAAAACAAAUUACGUCUCGUAACGGUUUACAACUAUAGGUAGGUAGGUUAUAGUAGUCAGAUGUAUAAAAUGUACUAUAAUAUACCUACAUAGGAACUAAAUUGUGUUUAUAUUUUUAAACUUCGCCGAUAUAAUAUAUGUGACACGAACCACGAUCACCCCCCCCCCUAUCCUCUCCUCCACUUGUGGUAUAUAACAUUAAAACGCAUACCGAUCGUAUUACAAUUUCAAUGUGUGUUUGUGUGUGUUAUUUUAUACUUAUAUCGUUGUGCGUAUAAUAUUAAGUCAGUGUGCCAUUCAUUGUAUACCUAUCAUAAUAAUAUGCUGUGUAUACGCGUUUGAGAGAGGAACCAACCCGAACCGAAACGGCGGUGCAGUCAAUGUUGUAUAAUAUUUGUAUUAUUAUUAUUACGAGUUAGAUUUUAUGGAUACCUAUUAUAUGUGUGUGAUUUUUUUGUUUAAUUUUAUUCAGUCGCCAAACGACUUACAUUUUUUUUUAUUAUAUAUUUAAAUAGUUCUUAGGUAGUUGUAGUGUAUACCUAUCGCCGUGCGCCGUUUGCUUAAGGUGUUAUUACUAACCAAUGUCAUAUUAUAAUAGUAGUCUGAGUUUUUUUUUAUUUGUUUUGCGUC